AUGAAGUCCAUCAAAUCACACAUGCGCCUCGCGGCGCUCGCCGCUGCGGUCAGUGCAACGACACUGGCGCACGCACAGACGCUGGAAAUGACCAGCGUCUAUCCCGGCACAUUCCCGAUUAUCGGCGAGAUCGGUCAGGAAAUCGGCAAGCGCAUGGACCUGAUCAGCGGCGGUGACCUGUCGCUCAACUUCAACGAGCCCGGCGCGCUCGUGCCGGCGCCCGAGGCGUGGGAUGCCGUCUCCACCGGUGCCGUCGAUGCCGCCUGGUAUUCACCGGGCUUCGCGCAGGGCAUCAUUCCGUCGGCGGCGAUGUUCACCUCCGUGCCGUUCGGCCCCGAGGCCCCCGAAUAUCUUGCCUGGUACUAUCACGGUGGCGGCCAGGAAAUCUGGGAAGAGAUCUCCGCCGGCCACAACGUCAAGCCGGUCCUGUGCUCGACGAUCCCGCCGGAGGCAUCGGGCUGGUUCCGCGAACCCAUCGAAACGCUCGAUGACCUGCAGGGCAAGAAGAUGCGCUUCUUCGGCCUUGGCGCCCGUGUGAUGGAAAAGCUCGGCGUCUCGGCGCAGACCCUGCCGGUCGGCGACACCGUUCCGGCACUCGAACUGGGAACGAUCGAUGCCGCGGAAAUCUCGAUGCCGGCCCUCGAUCUCGCUCUCGGCAUGAACAAUUAUGCCUCCCACUACUAUUUCCCGGGCUGGCAUCAGCAGACCUCGCUCUUCUCUCUGCUGAUCAAUCUGGAUGUCUGGAACGAUUUGGGCGAGCGCAAUCAGGCGAUCGUCAACGAAGUCUGCCGCUCGGCCGUCACCGAAUCGAUCGCCUGGGGCGAGGCGAUCCAGUUCGACGCGCUGGCGCAGUUGCAGGAGCAGGGCGUGACGCUGCACACCUGGUCUGCGGAGAUCCUCGAAGCGAUGCGGACGGCAUGGCUCGAGGUCGUCGAUGAACUGUCCGAAGACGCCGACUUCGCGCGGACGUGGGCUUCCUACAGCGAAUUCCGAGAGAACUACGCCAUCUGGCGCGAUCUCGGCUAUCUGCGCUGA